GCUGCUGGGCACAUGCGCGGGUCCUUCCGGGCUCCUGUCCCGUUUCUCUUUCCCCCCCACUCACCCCCAGCUACCCCCACCUCUCCCCUCCUUUGCCAUGGCGACACCGAGCGGCCUGAUCCGGGCCCUGCACCGCGGGACCUUCGGCCAGAAUAUGGUCGUGGAUCGGAUUUUCUCUGGUAUUCAGCCAACUGGGACACCUCAUCUGGGUAACUACCUUGGAGCCAUUCAGAACUGGGUGAAUCUUCAGGAAGAGUGCAGCUCAGUCUUGUAUAGCAUUAUGGACAUGCACUCUCUCACUCUGCCCAAGGAGCCAGCUGUCCUGCGCCAGAACAUACUGGACACCACUGCUGCCAUCCUUGCCUGCGGUAUUGACCCAAAGAAGUGCUUCCUAUUCCGACAGUCGCUGGUCCCAGAGCAUGCAGAACUUGCCUGGAUUCUUGGGUGCUUAACUAAUGUGCCACGUCUGCUACGCUUGCCACAGUGGAAGAUGAAGCGUGGCAGCCAGAAUAAUGAAGGAACUGUUGGCUUGUUGACUUACCCAGUGCUUCAAGCAGCAGAUAUUUUGCUGUACAAGUCGACACAUGUUCCUGUUGGAGAAGAUCAAGUCCUGCACCUGGAACUAGCCCAAGAUAUAGCACAACACUUCAACAAGAAAUAUGGAGAAUUCUUUCCUGUGCCCAAAGCCAUUUUAAGUACAACAAAGAAAAUAAAAUCUCUCAGAGAUCCAGCAGUGAAGAUGUCCAAGUCAGACCCACAGAAGUUAGCUACUGUUAACAUAGCAGACAGCCCUGAUGAAAUAGUGCUGAAAUUCCGCAAAGCUGUGACUGACUUUACCUCUGAGGUGACCUACGACCCAGACAGUCGCCCUGGUGUCUCCAAUCUGGUGUCCAUUCAUGCUGCAGUAACGGGGCUUAGCAUCAAAGAAGUACUACACCAAUCUGCUGGUCUUGACACUGCUCACUACAAAGCGGUGGUAGCAGAGUCAGUUAUUCAAAAGUUUGCACCUAUCAGGAAUGAAAUCAAGAAACUCCAGGAAGACAAAUCCCAUCUAAUAAAGGUUUUAGAGGAUGGAGCAGAGAAAGCCAAAGAACUAGCUGCCCCUAUCUAUCAAGAAAUAAGAAGACUGGUAGGAUUUACAUAGAAACUGCUGAAUAGUUAUGAGGCCUUCUGUUUCUUGGGAAAGAUAUUUUGUUAUUUGUAUCUUUUUGUUUGAAACAAAACCUUGUUUUCCUAGAAAAUCCAAGUAGAACACUGAAGGUGUUUGCAUUAAAAAAGUCUACAUGAAGCCAGUUAUUUCCAGUGGGACCAGCAUGGAGUUUGUCAGGAUAGUCAGAGAGAGGGCAGCAGCAACCACAGUCAAUGUGUCUAUGGAUAUGGAUAUCCAUACUCUAAAACCCACUGAGACUACUGUGGUAGGUGGCCCCUUUGAUUAGUCACUGCAAAGAAUCCAGCGAGUGAACUUCAAUUUCACUUCUGCCACGCAUGCCGUCCUGCUAGUCAGAUCCAAAGUACUUCAGUGAGAAACUGCUCCUGUUGCUCAGUUUAGCAGGGAGCACCAGGAUUUUCAUCUCGGCAACAAGUUUAGGACUCCUUUAGAAAAGGUGCACAGGAAAGGAUGUAAUCCUGGGUGAAAGAAAUCUUAGAUUGAGAAAUCAGAGAACUUUCUGUAAAAUUACAUGUUUGGAAAAUUAUGCUGAGGUCAGAGACAGAAAGUGAUUAAAUAAAUCUUUAUGAACUGACACUAAUGAGCGUCAAGAAAGCUCAAUGAUGGGAGAAUGGUGUUAGCCUGUGCUGAUCUUAGGCCUCAUGAGACCCACAGAUUGGAACCCAUGGAUCGUGGCAUUUGUUGGGGAAUGUGUGGCAAAGGGGAAUUGCUAAAAAGAUACAUCCUCUUCCAAAGAGAGAUUAGUAGUACAUGUUAAAACAUAAUGAAAGCCUUACUGGUCCUGUGCCAGCAGAUUUAAAUUUAUCAUUACACUUAGUAGUAUUUUGUUUGAAAUUGUUAUACUGUAAUGUAAAAUGAGUUAAUCCUGUACUCCAGCAGCUAGUAACCAUUAUAUACCUAUGUUCAUAAAGCAUUGCAGUCAUACAUUACGGAGUUAGUAAAACUGGGGAAGGGUUCUGUGUGGUGCAGUUGUUUAUUUGUUUGGGUUGGUUUAAAAAAAAAAAAACGAGACCACAACUAUUCAGUUUUAAAUUUAGUGAAUUAUAAUAAGAGAUGAUUCAGAAAGAAUUACCUAAAUUGCAAACCAAGAAGUUGAGGACUGAGCAUCAGUGGAUCUGUACUGAGACCUAUAUUUAUUUGUUAGGGAUCCAAGGAAAAAGACCUGCUAUGCAAGAACUUCAUCAUGACAGACUUUCUAAUGUUAGUCAAUACUAGAAGAGCAGAGUGAAUGGAGACAGGAUGAUAUGAAACAGAACUCAGUAUAGACCAGUCCAAGGUAAUGUCUACUAGAAAAAGAUAGCAUCUUAAGAAAUAGUCCUUGGCUUCAAAUUAGCUGGAGCAGAUUAAGAAAGGACACAGUUAUAACUGUGCAUAUUUAGACAGUUUUACACAACUCUUGUUAGUGUUUAAUGGCUGCCUUAGUCUACAUGGGAACUAAGACAAAAAAUUAAGGCACAGAAUUACCACUGCUUGUGGACUUGGCAUAAAGUGUUUGCUGUGACACUUUUUAACAUAGGUUGACUCCUUCAAAGGCCCCACAAUAGAUUCCUUAUGAGAAGCUAAGAUAGUGCUCAUGGAGAUACUGAAAACUUUUAACACUAUUGUAUGUAGUUUUCACUUGUUCCUCUUUUUUGCUAGCAAUUAUAGGAGUAUACAUUCAAAAGAUGAAUCAUAGUUUCAAGAUGUCUACACUUCCAAUACUCAGGUUACUUAUGUAUUGGCAUUCAACACACCUUCUUUGCAGUGAAAAGGAAGUAGAAAUAUUUACGUGUCUUGAAUAUAACUCAUUUUUUUAAAAAAAAAUGUGGAGGGUAUGACAGGAACAGGGAGUUGUGGCUCAUUAACCAAACUGUUCUGAGCAGUCUUUUCAAUACUAAGGGAUUUUUUCAAAAAAUCACAUAGGUAAAGCAGGAAGAAAAGCUGAAGAAGAUCCCUUUAUUUGGGAUUGGGGUUUAAUGCAUUACAUAUUUAUCAGUGUUUAUAUCAAAUUUACUGUUUUCUCUCCUUUUAAUUCAAUUAAUAGAUUGGGGUUUUCCUCUUCCUUUUCUCUUGUCAGUCAGAAUCUUACUUGCCUGACUUGUUUCCUUCAAGUAAGAAAAUAUGCCUGGUUUUUCUUCAUCGGGAAAGUUAAACUUACAAUUAAUAUGUUCACUUUCUGAUUAUUGACUUAGCUUUUUCUUUAGUAACUUCAGUGAAGGAAUUCUCAAAAUAAAAGCUGUAUCUGUCCAAUGAGAUAAUCCAGAUUCCACUAACAACCAUGAUCAUUAGAGUCCCCUGAGAGGAAACAACUGUAAUGUAGAUGUUUGCAGGUAUCUGCUGCUUAUUUCAAUUUCCUUAGAGAAUAUCUUUUCUGAGAAGUUAAC